CGACAACAACCCCAUCGACCUUGCGCUCCGCUCACCAUGAAGUUCAUGAAAGUGGGCCGUGUGGCCAUCAUCACCCGUGGCCGUUACGCCGGUAAGAAGGUCGUCAUUGUCCAGCCUAACGACACUGGCUCCAAGGCGCACCCCUUCCCCUACGCCAUCGUCGCCGGUAUCGAGCGCUACCCUCUGAAGGUCACCCGCCGCAUGGGCAAGAAGAUGGUCGAGAAGCGCAGCCGCAUCAAGCCUUUCAUCAAGGUCGUCAACUACAACCACUUGAUGCCCACCCGUUACACUCUUGAGCUUGAGGGUCUCAAGGGUGCCGUCAGCCAGGAGACCUUCAAGGAAGUCUCCACACGCGAGGACGCCAAGAAGACCGUCAAGAAGGCCCUCGAGGACAGAUACACCAGCGGCAAGAACAGAUGGUUCUUCACUCCUCUGCGUUUCUAAACGGGGUAUUUUGGGGCGUUUUGUCGUUUGAGCGCGCAAGGUUCUAGAUGAGGCAAACGGAGGGAAGAAAAAAGGGCAUCGAGAACGUUCGGUUCAUGAGCAUGGCAUCAAACGAAAGUAUACCAUAGCUGGGUGCGGAACUUGGAAUGUAUCGAUGCACAGGUCCAAGACUUGGCCAUGUUUCUUUUAUGAG